UCACAGCAUCCUUGCUACCUAGCUAGCAUUAGCUACUACUGGGAAAUCCGCUGUCUCCUUCCUUUCUCUAUCUAGGCCAUUUGACAAGAAAAUCGGUCUACCAAAAGGCAUUUUAUUUAUGAAUAAUGGGCGAGGUUCCACAAUUGGUCAAAAUCUCAGUUUCCUUGAAAAUACAACCCAACAACGGGCCGGUGUUUUUCAAAGUGGAUGGAACGAGAUUCGGUCAGAACAGGACUAUAAAAUUGCUGACAGGAUCAAAGUACAAAAUUGAAGUGGUUGUGAAGCCAGGAGCGGUCGAGGCAACCACCAUGAGCAUAGGCGGGGUUACCUUCCCCUUGGAGCAGCAGUCCAAAGAUCCUCAGUCGAUCGUUUACACCGGCAUCUAUGACACAGAGGGUGUGGCGCAUACAAAAAGCGGGGAGAGGCAACCUAUUCAAGUCAAUAUUCAGUUUACCGAAGCUGGCCUGUUUGAGACAGUGUGGCAGGUGAAAUUUUACAACUACCACAAGAGGGACCACUGUCAAUGGGGGAACAGCUUUGCCAGCAUUGAGUACGAGUGCAAGCCCAAUGAAACCCGCAGUCUGAUGUGGAUCAACAAGGAGAUGUUUGUCUGAGAAGGACAACUGCCAGCGUGUGUCUGGCAAGACAAAAUCCAAACACAGCACUGAACUUAUCAAAUGACUCUUCUAUAUCAGACAGUAUGAAACCUUAUCAAUGGCCCAUAUAUGAAAAUAAUAAAGCUUUCCUUUGUUUCUUCUCUUAUGUAGAGUGUAGAGUACAGUAGAGUUAUGUUGUCGCAUAUAAGUGUGUGCUGAAAUUUUUCCUGCUGGUAAUCUGUGUGAUGAAGUGUUGUGUGAGUUGAUGCUGUUAUUUAGUUCCUCAGUUUUUUAGCAUUUAUGUGCAGUAAACAUUGUAUACCAUUAUUUAUAUUUAUUUUCUACCUCUAAAUAGCACAAGCCGAAUGACAGCUACAGUACAACAAGUGUUUACAGAGUUUUAAUUCUGGCACUUUUAUUCUUUAAUUGUUUUCUUAAUGUAUUUGCAAGCCAAGGUUAUAUCAUUCUGUUAUAGUGCUUUACCAUAUCGAUGUUGCUUUCUUUGUGGUUUGUUUGCAGUUAUUUGCUAGAAAAAUAAAUAUCUGAGAAAGGCAAAAUACAUUUACACAAAGUUCAGUUGUAUCUUUCUCAUUAAAACGUAUUAUCUGUAAUUUUUAAAUUAUCAGUUGUCUUGAAAAGAAGAAUAUCAUUCACAACCAGCAUAUGCAAAUGAUGACCCCCC